CAACUUCGGCAGCACAAUCUGUCUGUGCAAGGCGCUAGCUUCAAGAAGUUCCUCGCGCUCUCCAUCCCAUACAUUCCACCUCUGGCUGAACCACAUCACAUGUGGUUCCAUGCGCCUUCUUCUCACUGCAGCCCGUACGCGGCGCCGCGCUAACCAUGCGGCGUCGACGCGCGCCUCCCACGAACUCAAAGCCAUCCCGACCGCCUCACCACCGGCGCCUCCUCGAGUAGCUCCCGCCAUGUCCCCGCGGCUCCCCGUACUCAUCGCGACUCUGCUUCUCGCAAGCCUUCUCCAUGGCCCCGCACUAUCCGCCGCACAGACGGCGUACUCCGCCGUGGGAGUCCCCACGGCGAUAGUAGCGGGCGGCGUGUACAACCCGCUGACGGGCGACGUGUACAACCAGGCAUGGCAGAUCAACUCGCUCACGCAGCGCGAGACGGGCUACUCGGCGAACCCCGACGCGAACAACAACGCGGAGCUCACGUCGUGCGCCGUCUCCACGGACGGCAACGCCUUCACGUCGUCCGGCGACAAGUACGUCAACAUGAUUCAGUACACUACCAGCGGGCCGGUAGCGUUGCCGGCCCUGCCGCUCAACAUCAACGUCACGAGCGUCGCCCUCGGCGGGCCGUCGGAGCGGCUCCUCGUGGCGGCGGACGGGUCGGCCGCAGCCGGCGGCGCCGUGGGGAUUCGGCGCGACACGCUGCAGUCGACGGUGCUGGUCGCGCCCGGUUCACAGUGCAUGUCGGCUAGCUUCUGCUCUUCGUUCGCGCUGCUGGCGUGCCACGACACGGCCACCGACGCCAACACGCUCGUCACGAUCCCAUUCGACUCUGCCACCGGCGCGUUCCUCACCGCCGCUAAGGCCUCUUUCGCCAUUCCGUUCCCGCCGGCUCAGGCGGCUUGUUCCCCGAAGGGCGGAUUUGUGGCCGUGCUGCGGCUCGACGCGAACACCGUGUUCACAUAUAAGCUGCCUCUCGCCGACCCGCUUACCGCGCUCUCCACGUCGCAGAUGACCCCCGGCAUGCCCAGCUCCAUGGCCUUCGACGCCACUAACAGCGAGAUUCUGGUAACGAGCGCCGCGGAUUUCCCGGGCCUGCCGGGCGACGCGUACCUAGGCACGCUCGACACCGUCGGGUACACCGAAACGGGCGGCGCGGAGCCCGCGGCGCGGAUCGGCGCGUUCCAGUACACGACCGCGUCGCCGGUGGGCGGCCAGGUGGCGGUGUAUCCGAAACCGACGGUGGCUUACGUGGCGCUGCCGGAGGGGCUGUACGUGGUGCGGCUCGUGCAGGACGGCGAGCUCGACUACGGCUCCGCGUUCUUCGCCACGCUCGGCGCCGUGCAGGACGGCUGGAGCUACUUCGCCACCACCGUCUGCGCGCAGCGAUUCGUCGCCGCUCCGCCGCCCCCCAGCCCACCUCCGCCUCCCCCAAAUCCUCCUCCCAAGCCCCCGAGCCCUCCACCGAAGCCCCCUAGCCCCCCGCCCAGACCCCCGCCUCCUCCUAAGCCGCCGAGCCCGCCUCCCAAGCCUCCCAGUCCGCCCCCAAGGCCGCCCCCACCUCCCAAGCCGCCCAGCCCACCUCCCAAGCCGCCUCCUCCCCCAAAACCUCCCAGCCCGCCGCCUAAGCCGCCUCCAUCGCCGCCGAAGCCCCCUAACCCGCCGCCAAAGCCCCCCAAUCCUCCGCCAAAACCCCCCAGCCCGCCGCCGCCGAAGCCUCCACCACCGCCCCGCCCACCUCCACCGAAGCCGCCGAGCCCGCCGAAGCCUCCACCGCCUCGUCCGCCUCCUCCGAAGCCGCCGAGCCCGCCCAAGCCGCCAAGCCCGCCGCCUCCGCGACCACCGCCGCCUAAGCCGGUGACGAGCACGCUGGCGACGACGGCGUCUGUGCUGUCGGAGUGGACUGGCGGCGAUGCUGGCUUGUUCGCAACCGUCGCGAGCGACGCUGACGCCGCUGUGGCCAGGCACCCGCCUGCAAGGACCGCUCCCGGCGCGUACUACGGCGUGGCGCAGCCGCCACCACCAGAGGCGACGUCAUGCUACGUGGGCACGAACGCGCAGUGCCCGUUCCAGCUGGAUUGCCUGGACUUUGGCAUGAGGAGGGGAUGCACGUGCAUGAAUGACAUCAUUCCACAAGGACAGUGCAGAUAUGCGAGCGCGUGUCUGGACACGUCAGCGUGCCCAGUGGAGGCCACGUGCACCACCACAGUCAGGGGCCGCACCGUGUGCGCGUGCCCUCGUGGCUACCGCCCUCUGAAGCAGCGUGCAGGUGACUUCGCUUUCAGCUACUGCGCUCGGUCCACCUGCAAGAGGAGCAACGCCUUUGUUGGCUUCAGCUGUGCCAUGCACGAUCAAUCAGCCGCUGGAAUGAGCUUUUUUGGGUAGAGUGGUGUGUGAGAGGAGCAUGGGUGCGAAAAGUUGGGAAUGGGCUAUAUUCUGAUUAUUUCAUGAGGUUAUGCUGGGUGUUUUGCAAAUAAGAAACCAUGGGUUUACUUAAAGCAAGAGGUUAUAAUAGUGACCCCUCUUUCUAGUUGGGCCCAACUAGAAACGACCCUUGAGCGAAUAUUUUGCUUCGCGCCGGGCAGCAGCCCAAUUUUUUUUAGCUUGCCUUGGGCCAUGAAAUCGAAUUGCACCUGCGACGAGAA